AUGCAUUUAAGUGAUUAUCCUGAAGAUUGUGCUGCAGUUUAUCUCAAUGCAUUAGCAUCCCAACAACACAUCUCCACUGGCAUCUAUGAGAUUUGGCCAAGACAAGGUAAACCAAUGAAAGUAUGGUGUGAUAUGGAGACAGAUGGUGGUGGAUGGACAGUUUUUCAGAAGCGAGGUGAUUUUACUCCACAAGAAGACUUCUAUCGAACAUGGUUGGAAUAUAAGCGAGGUUUUGGAGAACUUCAUCGACAAUUCUGGCUCGGUAAUGAUCGUCUAUCGUUGUUAACUAACCAAGAUCUUUAUCAACUAAGAGUUGACAUGGAAGAUUUUGAUGAACAAAAACGUUUUGCUCAGUAUUAUAGUUUUCGAGUGUUAAAUGAACAAGACAAAUAUCGACUAUCACUUGGAUCGUACACAAAAGGUGAUGCAGGAGAUUCACUGACUUAUCAUAAUGGUAAGCCGUUUUCAACCAAAGAUCAAGAUAGUGAUCCACACCCUGGUUCAUGUGCUCACAUCUGUAAUGGAGCAUGGUGGUACAAUAAUUGUCACUUGUCAAACUUGAAUGGUGGAUAUUUACGCGGGGACCAUCCGAAUAUUAAUGGCGCAGGAGUGAACUGGAGGACAUUUAGAGAUGUUUAUUAUUCGUUAAACACAUCAGAGAUGAAAAUUCGUCCUGUUUGGUUCAAACCUUGA